AUGCAGAUGUCGUUGACAAACCGGCUUCUGAUUGGUGCUGCUAUGUACUUUGGCAUGAAUAUGCUCAUGGGCCAAUUCAUGGGCGGUUCGAAGACGGCCACUGUCAAGGAUGCUAGCGGUAACGAGGUUGCGGUUCCAGCAAACACUGGGGAUAUUCCUCCCUAUGUUGCUCGACCCAAGAUAUUGGACGAUGGCGCAACAUACAACACUAUCCCGCAGCGUAUAGUGCCCAUCUGGCCCGAAGAUAGCAAGAUCGACAUUGUCGUGACGCUCUCGCCGACCCAUAUUCCAAAGGGUAUCAAGGACACCCCUCAGGAUCUAAUUGUGCUGCAAGAGAAGGACUUCAAGAUUGGAAACUGGAGUGAGAAGCGCACGAUUGAUACCACCAUCGAUGUCCCACCCGAGGUGCAGAACAAUGGCACUCUCUGGGGACACUUCUUCAUUGGACUGUCUGGAAGUAUCUUGGAUCCCGCUCAACCCGGUUAUGAUGUCGGCAAGGCCUAUCAUUUUGUCUAUCCCUUUACUCAGUACAUUGCCAGGAAGAAGGUUGCCAAGACGAGGAAUCUGCUUGAAGCCCAAGAUGUCGAAGAGGUCGAAGAAGAAGUGGAGGAGCCUUCUGGGCCCAUCGUUGGCAGCUACUACCAUCCGAACGCAUCUUUGUCCUUCAUUCCGAACACAGGUGCCAUGGUCUUUGGGCAGACUCAUCCCGCUGUUCGCCAGUUCCUGCACCUGGAGGCUAGCGGCGCUCGUGAUGGCUCUGGACAGAACACAUGGUAUUAUCCAAUUCUGUUUGUCAACUCCUUUUGGCAGCUCAAGAGCCAGAUGACGGUCCUCAAUGACACGGUCAAGACAUUGCCGGUCCACAUCGAUCUCAAUAACCUUGCCAAUUGGAAGUUCAACAUUAUGACAUCCAUUGAGAUGAGCUCCCGGGAGACUGCUCGCCAGGCCGCGUAUGGUAACCCAGCCCCUGGCGGCGGUGAUGGCAGCGAGAUUGAAAUGAUCAAGGAAAUUUUCUUGGAUACUAAUCCGAUUCUUCUUGGUGUUACAAUUGUUGUCAGUAUCGCCCACAUCAUUCUGGAGAUGCUUGCCUUUGGAUCGGAUAUUGCCCACUAUCGCAAGAAGAAGGACAAUGUCGGCAUUUCAGUACGCUCCAUUCUAGCGAAUGUGUUCAUGCAGACUGUCAUCUUCUUAUACCUUGUCGACAACUCGCAGAACACCAGUUGGAUGAUUCUGGGCUCUCAAGGCGUGGGUAUCCUCAUUGAAUUCUGGAAGAUCACGACUGUUGUCGAUGUCCGAGUGAGAAAUGCCCCGCCGGGUUCCUUGAUACCUUAUCGGAUAGCCUUUGAAGACAAGCAUAAGUUGAGCGACACGGAGGAGAAGACCAAGGAGUAUGACGAGAUUGCCUUUAAGUACAUGUACUGGGCCGGAAUCCCCCUACUCAUUGGCUAUGCUAUUUAUUCGCUCAUCUACGACACCCACAAGUCUUGGUACUCAUACAUCAUCACCACUCUUGUCGGCUCUGUCUACGCUUAUGGCUUCCUGAUGAUGGUGCCAUCGCUGUACAUCAACUACCGCCUCAAGAGCGUGGCGCACAUGCCCGCAAAGGCCAUGAUGUACAAAUUCCUGAAUACCUUCAUUGACGACCUCUUCGCCUUCACCAUCAAGAUGCCCUUCCUCCACAGGAUGGCAACGCUCAGAGACGAUGUCAUCUUCUUCAUCUAUCUGUACCAGCGGUGGGCGUACAAGAUUGACUACACCCGCGUCAACGAGUUUGGUCAGGGUGGCGAUGAUGAUGUUGUGGAAGAGGAGAAGAAGGAUGAGGGCAAGGCACUGCCCCCAGCUGUCCCCGACAGUGCUUCAACCGGGAAAGUGAAGAAGGUUGCUGCCAAGGCGCAAAAGGCCACUGGGGCUGACACAGGAAGUGCUACCAAGAGGAAAUAA